CCUUAAUCUGUUUAACGUUUUAGUUACACUUGUAGGCUGAAGCAAUGAAUGAGAUCCCAAACGUUGCUGUAAGAAUGUUUUAGAAGUUAAUCUUACAUUGAUUAAACAUGAAUGCUUCUUGAGGUUCCACCAAUUUUAUGAAAAUACAAACUGCCCACUCUUGAAAAGUAUACAAACCAUUUAAUAUUCCUAUCAUUUAGAGUUCUUACAAUCUUUGGGAGGAGUCACCAUUGAAAGAGUCAUUUUGCAUUGGACUAUAGAAAUACUACUACAGUUACAAAUUGGAAUGUUGUUGGCUUGUCUUCCAAAUGGGUGUUCUCAAUUAUAAACUUUCCAGCUAACAUUUUUUCCUUUUUGUUUCUUCCAUCUUCCCUUCCUAAACCUAUUAUUGAGAGACUGCACAGUAAAAAUGGUGGACUGCAUAGUAAAAAUGGUUUCAACUUUCAACCUCAAAAAAGGGAAGAGGAGUUGAACUGUUGAAGGGUAUUCCUUGUCAUUGCAUUUCCAUAUACUAAUAGAAUAAACAGUCACUCUUUUAUUUUUCUUUUAUUUUCCUUCAGGUGAGAUUGCUAGUGAAAAAAGGGGGGGCAUCUUUUGAUCAAAACCAAAGAAACAUUGAUUCUUUAGACAAUUUAGGGGGAUUGUUUUGAUUGUUACUAGUUUCAUUUCCUUAACCAUCAGAGAUCUCAUUCUGGGUUUUACUCUUCUUCUUUUUGGUUUGUCAGAAUUUGUUUAACUUCCUUUUUCCUUCCUUUUAUAUUCUUUAACGGAUGCUUACAACUACUAGGAAAAGAAAGAGAAAAGGAUUUCUUUAAUUUGAUCCCCUUUUUUAUGCAAUUAUUACUGAGAAUUGGGUUCUUGUUUUAUUCUGAAAAUAUUUGAUUUAUGUUGUUCUUGAGUCAGAUUAUACUUCUAAUCAGAAUUCAAUUGAUUGAAAUGAAAGAGUUGAUGUAAACAAGUUUUUGUUAUUGAUGAGGGUUUUGUUUUGUAAAGUCCAUUGUCCUUCUUUUAUCUGUUUUUGCAAACCCUCAUCACAUCUACUCACUCCUUGUCCAUUGAAAUUGGAAAACGGUUCAAAUGUUCCUACAACAGUAUGUUCAGUUCCUGAUUCAGUGGGGGAGAUAUGUAGUGAGAAGGUUGACGACCAGGAGGAGGUGGAGGACAAGGGAAGCUUAGAUGAAAGACAAAUUGAAAUUGAAAUUUUACCAAAAAGUAGUCUAAAGAAACCGAAUUCCGAACCUCGGAUACAAGUCGAAAAGGCUAGAGUUCAGUGGAUGGAUUUAUUAGGGAAAGAUUUAGUUGAGAUCAAGGAAUUUGAGCCCAGUGAGUCAGGAGAAUCAGAUGACGAUGACGAAAGUACUCGAGGCUGUGUUUGUGUUAUUCAGUGAGAUCCUAAUUUGGUUUACUACUCACAACAUUGCAUAUUCAUUGCUAGCAGCUGCAGCAGCUACAAAGCGAGACAACGUGCACAUCUACUAAGCACAACCUCUUGUACCAAUCUGCAAGAUGCAUGACAAUUCUCAAUGGAUGUAAGUAGAUGAUGAUCAGAAUUUAGUUUCGUUUCAGCAACUGCAGCGGGUGGAUUUGUUAGAGCUGCUGCAAAACUGUAGCUAGUCGCUCAUUCAUUCUGCUGGCAGUUUGGCUUUCACUCAUACUAACUUUUUCGAACUUUAAUUGUUCCACACUAGUGCCAGUGUUCUCUGUACUUGGCAGCAAUAAGAGCAUUUUGUUCGUCUGACUUUGAUGCCUUUGGUUUUCAAGAAACUUUACUUUGCUCGGUAAUAUAAUACAAAUAGAUUAUUGCUUCAA